AUGAGAAUGUCGUCCAUGAUCGUGUGCAAAAGAACUCAGCCUUUCCUGCACAAUAUUCCCACCGGAGGGCUGGACAUGCAAAUCCUCCGACCCCAGCCACCGAAAGAGAAGGUGGUGGUGGUCAUGGGAGCCACUGGAACCGGCAAGUCGAGACUCUCCAUCGACCUCGCCACCCGUUUUCCGGCGGAGAUAGUGAACUCAGACAAAAUGCAAGUAUAUGAAGGACUAAACAUAGUCACAAACAAGAUCACCGAGGAAGAACGUCGUGGAGUACCUCACCAUCUCUUAGGAGUAAUAGAUCCCACCUCAGAUUUCACAGCUUCAAAUUUCUGUAACAUGGCCUCAGCGGCCAUGAAAUCUAUCGUCAGCCGUGAACAAAUUCCAAUCAUCGCCGGAGGCUCUAAUUCUUACAUUGAGGCACUGGUUGAUGAUGAUGACUAUGAAUUCCGAUCAAGGUACGAGUGUUGCUUUGUAUGGGUGGAUGUUUCAUUGCCAGUUCUUCACUCAUUUGUUUCAGAGAGAGUUGAUCGAAUGGUCGAGAAGGGAAUGUUGGAAGAGGUCAGAAAAAUGGUCACCCCUCAUGUUGAUUAUUCAAGGGGUAUAAUGAAAGCUAUUGGUGUUCCAGAAUUCGAUAAGUACUUCCGUGCUGAAUCAUUUUCAGAUGAAGAAACUCGAGCUAUAUUGCUUGAAGAAGCUAAGAAUGAGAUCAAAAUCAACACAUGCAUAUUGGCUCGUCGACAACUAGAAAAAAUAAAACGGCUACGAAAUGUCAAGGGAUGGAGAGUGCACCGGCUUGAUGCGACGGAGGCAUUCCGAAAAUGCGGCGAAGAGGGGGAAGAAGCGUGGGAGAAGCUGGUGGUAGGACCGAGCACCAUGAUCGUGGGUCGAUUUUUGUACAAUUUUGGACCUAAAGUCUAUGGCGAUGUGACAGUCACGAGAGCAGCGGCGAUGGGGACGGCCAUGGCAGCUGCAAGUCACUAG